GUGGCCGCCUGACACCGCGAUCAGGGAUGAUGACGGGACCCCUUACCCCGCAGGCCCGGCUGGCGCAGGCAAGCCAAGAACCUUCCCGAAGAGAGCCUGAGCCGGGAGGAAGGAAAGAGGCUAUGAAAGUGAAGGAUGAUGACGACGAGGAGGAAGAAGAUGAGAGACUGCGCCAGGAAGAGGACCAGAGGACAAAGCAAAGAAGUGCUAAGAAACAAGAGGCCAGGGAAGGAGAUGAGCCGGUCUUGCACAAUGUGCCGCCUAAGAAGAAGAAAUACGUGGUCCGGUUGGAAGAAACAUUUGACGCAGAGAAGGUGAUCGACAGGUUGUUAGAGGGACAUAACAACCUCAUGACCUUGAAGGAAAUCUUGGCGUCAACCCCUAAGCUCCGUAAUGGAUUGAAGGGGAGGUUGUCGCAUCGUCUGGUAACCAACGUCCAUCUGGGUACGAUCCUGCCCAAGGAGGCGGAGUGGGCAGAGUCGGGCACGAAGAUGGAUUGGAAGUAUGUGGCCUACAACACAGUGGAUUUGGUAGUGAAGGGCUCCAAGUGUGCAGCGAUGGUGAACAAAGGGGCGGAAAUGAAUAUCAUCCGAGAGGCAGAUGCCAUCAGGUUCGGACUGGAUAUAGACCGAUCUGAUUCCGACAUUCUACAUGGGGCUAGUUGCAAGGCCGUGUUUUGUGGGACAGCCUCGAAUGUGCUCAUCGAGGUUGGAAAAGGGCAGCGUAUACCGAGAGAUGACUGGGUGAGGAUGCUACCCCUCUGGACCAGAAAGGUGGAGAGGCCACUGGCUAGACAGAUCAGGGAUAUGGCCCGGGAUUGGGAGAGCUGCAGGGCACAUUUGAGAGAGGCCUUUCGGCGCCCAAAGCCACCCCUGCCUCGAGUUGAGAGACGCCAGAGGAGCAGGAGGCAGAAGGACCCUGAGCCCAGUGAGGCGAGGCCAUCUCGAGGGGGACGGAAGGCCCUAGCCAGGACAGAAGAGGAGUCGGAACCUAAGGGUGAGGAGCGAGGGGCGUAUCCUGAGUGUGGGCUGGGACCGCUGGAGUUCAAUCAUUUUACCGAGGGUGGAUUGAGGAAGUCGCCAGUACGCACACAGGAGGAGGCGCCAGCAUCUGAGGGGCCGCUGAGAGAGUUGGAGGCACAUCUGGACGUCUCUCGAUGGGGAACGUCGCCUCGAGGUGAGGAGCGUGGAGGACAGGCAGAGGAGGUGCCACGAGAGGAGGUGCCACAAGAGGAGGCCCGGGACACUCAAGGAGAGACGAGGCUGGGUGAUGAGGGGAGACGUACAGGGAAGGAGGUCAUAGAGGUUGGAGAGGACACACCCCCUCGGACGCCAGCGGUGGGUUUGAGGCUUGGGGAUACACCAGGGAGCAUUCUCCAGGCAGCAGAGGGAUCGCAGAGAGAGGAGGCCCCAUUGCCCCCAUUAGAGAAGGCUCCUUCCCCGGAGAGAAGGGUUGAGAAGAGGAGAGAGACCGCAAGCGUGAGGAGAGAAGCCUUGGCCUUGAUUGACAGGCACUUAGCAGCUCAUGCCCUGGAGCACCCAGACCUGGAGGAGCCAACACCUGAAAAGCCGCGUUAGGAGUCGUGCCAGCCUGAGAAGGAGGUGGAGGCAGAGAUCCCGAAGAGGGUCGACCUUCGCACGAG